GCUGGUGCUGGUGCUGGUGGGAGGGGGGGGUGGGGGGCAGCGACGAUUGAUUGCACGAUGCUCUGCUCCACACCACUGCUGCGCGCUGUGAACCUCUGCUUUUCGGUGAAGCUCCUGGUUUUAUUGACUGAAGCCGGACAGCCCGAAGGCAGUCUGAACAUGUGGAUAGAUGCUCACCAAGCCAGAGUUUUGAUAGGUUUCGAGGAAGAUAUUCUUAUCGUGUCUGAUGGGAAAAUGGCACCAUUCACCCACGAUUUCAGGAAAGCUCAGCAGAGGAUGCCAGCUAUCCCGGUCAACAUCCAAGCCAUUAACUUCACCUGGCAAUCCACGGGGCAGGGUCUGUAUUUUUAUGAAUUCCAAUCACUCCGGUCACUGGAUAAAGAUGUUAUGGGAGAUCCAACUGUGAACAUUCCAUUACGAGCCACAGUCUCAAACAGGCCCACAGUUGUACAGAUUGGAUUUCCUUGCCUUGGCAGUCGGGAUGGUGUAGCAGCUUUUGAGGUGACUGUACUCAUUAUGGACGUUGAAGGGAAUGUUAUUCUUCGAACACCUCACAAUGCAAUUUUCUUCAAAACCUGCCAGAGAGCAAAAUGCCCCGGUGGAUGUCGUAAUGGAGGUUAUUGCACAGAGAGGCAGGUCUGCGAGUGUCCCGAUGGAUUCUACGGUCCACAUUGUGAGAAAGCUCUUUGUGCUCCGAGAUGUCUGAAUGGAGGACUCUGUGUCAGUCCAGGCUUGUGCAUCUGCCCUCCUGGAUACUUUGGCAUCAACUGUGACAAAGCAAACUGCAGCACAACAUGUUUCAAUGGUGGAACAUGUUUCCAUCCUGCCAAGUGCAUCUGUUCACCAGGAUACGAGGGAGAUCAAUGUGAAUACAGUAAAUGCCGCCAACCAUGCAGAAACGGAGGGAAAUGCACUGGGAAAAACAAAUGCAAGUGCCUUAAAGGUUACCAGGGUGAUCUGUGCUCUAAACCUGUUUGUGAACCUGGCUGUGGAUCUCACGGAUCCUGUAUUGAGCCGAACAAAUGCGAGUGUAGAGAAGGCUGGCAUGGAAGACACUGUAACAAGAGAUAUGGACCCAGCCUAAUGAACACCCUGAGGUCAGCGGACUUUAAGCACAGACAGCAUACGCCUUUACCUAAGGAGAACGUUAACAGUCACAUACCACCAGAAUCUAAUUACAUUUGGUAAAACAAAACAUCUGAAACUUGUUACUGUAUGUACAGUUUACUACUUCACUAACCCCACUUAGUACUAAAAUUUAAGUUUGUUUGGGAAAAAAAACAACUUCUCUGUUGCCAUAUUAUUUUUAAAAUGUCAUGUACGUUAUGGCAAGGAUAUCUAUCUAUAUACCACAGCUAGAGCAACCAGUAAGCCAUAAACUGGGUUUCUCUAUUUAUCACAGCCCUGGACUCUUUCUGUAACAUUUAAUAAUAAUAAUAAUCCUUGCAUUUGAUAUAGCGCUUUUCACGUUUUCUGGACAUCUCAAAGCGCUUCACAGAAUAUGCUGUAAAGUGAAUUGACCGUAUAUUUGUGGGCGAAACGCAGCAGCCAAUUGUGCACAGCAGUGUCCCACAAACAGUCGUGGAUUGAAAAUGACCAUUUUAUUAUUGUUUUGUUUUUACAUUAAUACAUUAAUACAUUAUUGCAAUGUUGCCCACAAAAUACACAAGUUAAUCUAUUUAACAGUGUAUCCUGUGAAGGGCUUUGACAUAUCUCAAUGAUGUAAUAAGGCCCUAUAUCAAACGCAAGGAUUAAACUACAGCCAGGGUAUCCAGCUACAUUAUAACAUUAUUUCCAAUUUUUACAUCUCAGCAAAACUAUUGAAUUUAGAAUAAAUAGCUGGCCAAUAGCUAUGCUAACAAAACAUUGCGACUACAAACAACAAAAGUGAUGUGGUUGCCUUCUAUACAGCAUCUGUUAUUUGUUGAAGCCAGGAUGGAUGGCUGGCAAACCAGUUGGAAGGAGGGGGGAAGGGGUCGUGCCAAGUUUUAUAUUUUUAUACACACAAACACAUUUAUUGAACAAAUCAGUAUUCAGAAAAUGUUUGUGAUUUAUGCAUCAGCAUUGCUACUACAUACAAAUAAACAAACAAGCCACAUCAAACCAAUUGCCGAGAGAAUUUUGUCCAGUUCUUGCUCACAAGCCUUCUGAUUGAAAGCAGAUUUUCUUUUUUGAAAAACAAUGUUUCAGUUUAUUCUACAGCUUAUCUUCAGCUUUAGUGCAAACAAUGUAACCUGUUGUCUAAGCUCUUAGUAUUUCUAAAAUGAAAUCAUGCAUCUCCACAUUGUGGAAUCCUUUGUUGAUGAAGGUUGACUGUAAUACAUUAUUGCAUUGAAACACUUGUUGAAUUUUGGUAAUGUCAAUUUAUGGUAGAAAUAACACUCACAACAUUGAAACGGCCUUUCAGACCAUUUAACCUAUUACAGAAAUACAUCUGUAAUUUUUCAUAUUCCACCACCCCCAGAGUAUAGGUACUAGCAGUCCAUAUUAAUCUAAAUAUGUUUCUUUCUCAAAUAUUUCAUAUCAUUGUGUAUAAUGUUUUUUUAAAAAUGCUUAAAUAAUAAAACAUAACGUUUAAUUAUUAUGUAUAAUUUACAAGGCAAAUUAAGAAACUGCUGUAUAUGUAUCUGUACAAAUAUGAACUAAAUAAAGGUUUCAUAAUUCAGAAA